AAUAAAAUACCACUCGCUCUUAGAAUUUAGUUUGAGCCUAGAAUUGAAUACGUUGUGAUCGUACAAUAUAAAUCCGCGGAGAAAUUUUAUUUAAUUUGUAUAGAUAUUUUUCUAAAGAAUAAUAUGACUAAGUUGAUUGGAGUUUUCAUGGCAUUCGUUGCUCUUGCUAAUGCAGUAAAGGUACCUGUAACCAUUUACUACGAGUCGUUGUGUCCAGAUAGUGCUAAGUUUAUAAGCGAACAACUUUUCCCGGCAGUGAAAAAUGAACUAAGAGAUCAUGUUGACAUUAAAUGGGUACCAUUUGGCAAAUCUACGUAUACAACUCAAGGAUCGGAGAUAUUAUUCACUUGCCAUCACGGCCCUAAUGAAUGUUAUGGAAAUAAAGUGCACGCCUGCGCUAUAGAACACAUCCAGGCCAGUUCUUAUCAAACAGAGUAUACUCGUGAAUCUCUCAUUUUGAAUUUUAUUCAUUGCAUGAUGAAAGCUGGCAAAAAUUUCCCAGAUAAUGUUUAUCCUGGUGCAAAAUGUGCUCGAGAAAGUCAUGUCAGCACUUGGGAGAAUAUACAACAGUGCGCUAAUAGCACUGACGGUGAACGAUUACUAAUGGCACAUGGCCAAACUACGAACGCCUUUCAAAAUCCCUUAAUCAGUGUACCAACUGUCGUCUUUAAAGAACAAUAUGAUCCUAAAGUGAGUAUGCGUGCUCAAACUGAUUUUCUCGGUGCUUUGUGUAAAUACGUGCCUCAACCUCAGCCAAAAGUUUGUGAAGCGAAUAGCUCUGGCGUGAGCAUAGUAGUUGCUCCUCUCCUGGUUUUAUUUAUUUAUUUAAUUCAAAUCUUGGCUUAAGUUUUGAAUU